AUGGAACGGCAAAGAGCACGCUAUGUUGUCAGGAUCUACAGAGCUGACGGCCUGCCCAAGAUGAACUCGUCGCUGGUGGCCAACGUUAAAAAGGCUUUCACCGGAGAGGCCAGGGACCUCGUGGAUCCAUACGUACAGGUGUCCUUCGCUGGACUAACGGGAAAGACUUCUGUACGUAAGAACAGCUAUGCACCAGUUUGGAAUGAACAGAUUGUAUUCCAUGAGAUGUUUCCACCUCUGUGUCAAAGAAUAAAAAUACAACUUCGAGACAAUGAUCCAGUCAACACAGUCAUAGCAACUCAUUUUGUUGACUUAAAAUCUGUUUCUAAUGAUGGAGAGAGAGGGCUCAAUACUGGACUCGGUGAAGGAGUAUCAUAUAGAGCAAGGCUUCUGAUGGCGAUCCGAACUGAAAUAUCUGAUUCCAUUGAGAUUGCACCCUCUCAAGCAACUAUUGAACAGAUAUCCCCAAUCAAUGAAGAAGAUGGCUUACUUGAAGUAGCUUCAUUGGAAGCCCUAGAAAUGGAACCUGAAGUAAAACUGAGAUCUGUGCUGGAAGAGUUAUGCACCUCUUGUCAUCGUUACUCCACAAUAACCAAUGGGGCUGGACCUCUUGGUUUCACUAAACUUGACAAAAAUAGGCUAAAACACUGUCUCUCGACAAUCGAACACAUAGGAGGAAUGGCAAGAAAUCUUAAGGCAUUAGUAACUCGACACUCAUUCAAGGAACGGUACAAAACAGCUCAAACGUAUCUUCAGAAACUUAAACUACUUUUAGAAGAUGUGAUCGAUGAAACUCUAAGUCCAACCUGGGAUGAGCUUCUAGUUUUCGAUGAAAUAUUGGUCUAUGGAACUAGAGAAGAAAUUAAAAGUGAUCCUCCCACAAUCAUCGUUGAAAUAUUUGACCGGGACCAAGUGGGCAAGGCAGAAUUUAUUGGAAGAGCUGUUGGAAGAGCACAUGUCAAAUUAGAAAAUGAACCUUAUGAAAAACCUGAAUUUCCUCCUAGUUUAGAAUGGUUUGAGAUUUAUAGAGGUCAAGAAAAAGCAGGAGAACUCUUAGCAACAUUUGAAAUGCUUGAAUUAACAAAAAGUGGGCUACCAGAAUUACCUUUGCCAAAACCGUGCAAUGAUGACUCACAAGAAGACAUCGGUCCCGUGCUUCCAGUUCCCAGAGGGAUAAGACCAACCCUUGCUAAUUAUAGACUACUUAGUUGGUUACAUAAAUGUUUAUUAGCUUUUAUCUACUCACACUGGGCUACUGGUGUUGUAACCAAAAGAUUGAAUUUGUUGGCAAAAAUACAAGAAGCCGGAGGUAGAACAGCAAAUAUAUCCCAACAAAUUCCUAAUGGCACAAUACAUCGUAAGGAAAAUGAACCUCUCCUUCCAAAAGAUACUACAGUUUUAAUUAAUUAUGGUGGCAUUCAAGAAAUGGCCAAGAAAGAGGAAAAAGUUGAAACAAGCAAAAGAAGGAAGCGUGCUAGCAGUGGAUUCAGUUGGGAAGAAGAUGCUGAGAGUAAAGACUGGUGGACUAAGUAUUUUGCUAGUGUUGAAGCAAUGAUUCAAGCUAAAUUGAUAAAAUGGGAUUUCCAGGAAGGUAAUGAUGCUAGGAAAGAUGCUCAGUUAAUGUCUGCUCAACUGGAAGGAAAAGUAUCAUCAAAACUUGCUGCAAAAAUCAGUCCUAAAGCUCCAUCGUCUCCAAGGGAAAAUAAUUCAUCAAAACUAAAAAUCUACAGUAGCGAACUAGAAACUCAACCUGAAUUUGAAGGCUUCAACGAAUGGUUGAAUAGCUUUGAGCUAUAUCGAGGUAAAAAGACCGGUGAUGAAAUUGAAGAUGAAAGCAGAAUUGUUGGCAUAUUCAAGGGAGCCAUUAAGAUUUACCGGUGGCCACUUUCUAAAGAUACAGUAGAUAAAACCGUAUUAGGUUUCGAUCCAGCCCUUGGGUUCUUUCAAGGAAUUCCUUCUAAUGAACCUAUUCAUGUACUUGUGCGAGUAUAUAUAGUAAAGGCUACGGAUUUGCACCCAAUGGACCUGAAUGGUAAAGCUGAUCCAUAUGUUGUUCUUCAGCUUGGAAGUGAAGAAGAGAUGGCGCUAGGGGUGCUCCACAAUUGGCAUGAGGUUCCAAGGGUAGGAUGUCAUCUUGUUCCAGAACAUGUUGAAACAAGGCCCUUGUAUAAUCCUGAUAAACCAGGAAUAGAACAGGGAAAAUUAGAGAUGUGGGUGGAUAUGUUUCCUAUGGAUAUGCCACUACCAGGCCCUCCUUUAGAUAUUUCCCCAAGAAAGCCUAAACCCUAUGAAUUAAGAGUAAUUAUAUGGAAUACUGAUGAAGUUGUAUUGGAAGAUGAUGCUUUUUUCACAGGCGAAAAGAUGUCUGAUAUCUAUGUCAAAGGAGCAGAAGAUAGUGAUUUCACGGAAAGAAUCGCUGUUCAGUUGGGACGAAACGGAAUCUAA